AUGGAUAAUAAAAAAGAUUAUUUAUUAUUAAAUGUGCAACAGGAUCCAAACGAUGAUACACCGAUUCACCCCUCGAUUACCCACAGAAGACAUAACAAAAAGACAUCACACCACGAAAGAGCUCUUAUGAGUAAUUUCGAAAGUUUAGACUUCUCCGAAAUAGAUAAUAUCUUAUUACGUCAAUAUAAUUCAAGACAAAAGAAAAUUCAUAAAUUAUUUAAAACCCUUGGUAAAUGGGUUAUCUGUACAUUAAUUGGUAUUUUAGUUGGUAUAUUUUGUUAUUGCUUAAAAGAAUCAGUGGAUCAAUUGCAAAAAUUAAAAUAUAAUUAUUCAUCAAUCUAUAAACCAUUUUUUAUUUAUUUGGGAUUCAAUUUGUUAUAUGGUAUAGUGUCAUGUUUAAUUGUGUGUUUUUGUGGUCCAUUAUCAUCAUCAUCAGGUCUACCAGAAGUUAAAGGUUAUUUAAAUGGUAUUAGAAUUUCGAAAGCAUUCAAUUUAAAGACUGUUUUGGGUAAAAUCACAUCUUUAAUAUUCUCAUUUUCAUCAGGGUUGGUUCUUGGUCCAGAAGGCCCUAUGUUUCAUAUUGGUUCAGGUUUAGGUAGCUCAAUGAGUCAAUUUAAAUCAAAAACACUUAGAUUUCACUUGAGAUCAUUUUGGGUUUUUCAAAAUGAUAGUGACAAACGUGAUUUCAUAAGUUGUGGUGCUGCUGCUGGUAUUGCCGCUGCUUUUGGUGCUCCAAUAGGUGGUGUAUUAUUCGCUCUCGAAGAGGGCUCAUCGUUUUGGUCUCGUCAAUUAACUUGGAGAACUUUUUUUAGUUGUUUAAUUGCCACUUUAAUUGCAAAUCUUUUCCUCCAGGGUUUUGGUGUCAAGAUUCACGACUAUGGUGUUUUAACAUUUGGAGUUUCAAAGUUCUACCUGUAUACAUAUACCGAGUUAAUACCAUUUAUAAUUAUGGGUAUUAUUGGUGGUAUUUUGGGCGCAAUUUUCGUACACUUUAACCUCCGUAUCAACCAUUUAAGAAAGAAAUUAUUGGGUACCAAUAAACUAUAUAAGCUUUUAGAGGUUAUCUUUUUUGUUAUUCUUACAUCUACAAUCUGCUUCUUCCCAGCACUUUUAGCAAACUGUAGACCGGUUAGUGGUAUUCCAACCAAUUCAUCUGGUAGUUGUGACGAUGAUAUCAUUCAAAUCAAUACUAUUCAAUUUAAUUGUCAAGAAGGUUAUUAUAAUCCAUUGGCCACUCUCACAAUGACAACAUUAGAAGAUGCAUUACAAAUUCUUUUCAGUAGAACCACAAAUAUCUUUACCCCUCUCACUCUUUUUGUUUUUACAGUUUUUUAUUUUGUUUUAACAACUUUAACCAGUGGUCUUUAUAUUGCAAGUGGUAUUUUUAUUCCAAUGAUGUUAAUUGGUAGUGCAUGGGGCCGUCUUUUUGGUUUAUUAAUUUCAGAGUACUUUACCUCAGUAGAUCCUUCUAUCUAUGCAUUGAUUGGUGCCGCUAGUAUGAUGGCUGGAAGUUUAAGAAUGACAAUUUCAUUAGUAGUCAUUAUCGUUGAACUUACCGAAACCACUCAAUAUUUACUUCCAGUAAUUACUGUGGUUAUGGUCGGUAAAUGGGUAGGUGACGUUUUCAAUGAGUCUGUUUAUGAACAUCUCAUCGAAUUCAAGCAUAUUCCAUACCUUUCAAGUCAACCCGCUUACCAUUUAAGAACCAAAACUGUUGCCGAAGCUAUGUCAUCCGAUGUAAAAUCUUUCCCAGAAGUUGUUAAAGUUAAAACUGUUAUCGAAGUAUUAGAAACCAGUACCCAUAAUGGAUUCCCUGUAACAAUGCUACCAAAACUUCACGAACCAACCUCAUCAAUCUCUGAAAUUCUUUGUGGCCUAAUAUUAAGAAGCCAACUAUCAAUUUUAUUAAAAAGAAAAAUAUUUUAUUCGCUCGAUGAAUUAACAAAUAUAGAUUUUAUUAAUGAUAAAGGUUAUGAUUUACCAAUUGACCAUGCCGAUUUCCAACAAGAGUUAGCUUCAAAAAUACCCUCGAUAUCUCUAAUUUUAAAUGAUAUAUCUCAAGAAGAUCACGAAAAAUAUAUAGAUUUAAGACCUUAUAUGAAUUUUGCAGUUGUUAGUAUUAAAAAUUAUAGCUCCUUAACAGAAGCAUACCGUCUUUUUAGAUUAGCAGGUCUUAGACAUAUAGUCGUUGUAAAUGUAUUCAAUCACGUUGUUGGAAUGUUAACCCGUAAAGAUUUAACUUAA